AUGACAGCUGCUGCUUCUGGGCAGCUGAAUCUGGAGGAGCCUCCUCCGAUUCGUGGCUCUCGCAGUGUCGAUUGCUUCGAGAAGCUCGAACAAAUUGGUGAAGGCACUUACGGACAAGUUUACAUGGCUAAAGAUAUUAAAACUGGUGAAAUUGUGGCAUUGAAAAAGAUUCGUAUGGAUAAUGAAAGAGAAGGAUUUCCUAUAACUGCUAUACGGGAGAUUAAGAUUCUGAAGAAGCUUCAUCAUGAAAACGUCAUCCACUUAAAAGAGAUUGUCACUUCUCCAGGUCGAGAUAGGGAUGAUCAAGGGAAGCCAGAUAAUAACAAAUACAAAGGUGGAAUCUAUAUGGUCUUUGAGUAUAUGGAUCAUGACUUGACUGGACUUGCUGAUCGUCCUGGACUCAGAUUCACUGUUCCUCAGAUUAAGUGUUACAUGAAGCAACUUCUCACUGGGCUUCAUUAUUGUCAUGUGAAUCAAGUCCUUCACCGUGAUAUUAAAGGAUCUAAUCUCCUUAUUGAUAAUGAGGGGAAUUUAAAGCUUGCUGAUUUUGGGCUUGCACGGUCUUAUUCUCAUGAUCAUAGUGGAAAUCUCACUAACCGUGUCAUCACACUUUGGUAUAGGUAUGUAUGUUUACAAAAAUUUGAAGUUAUAAGUCUGGCUUUUCCUGAAUCAUGUAUUGGUUGUUGCCUUAGGCCUCCUGAAUUGCUACUUGGUGCCACAAAAUAUGGACCAGCGAUUGACAUGUGGUCUGUUGGUUGCAUAUUUGCUGAACUUUUGAAUGGUAAACCAAUCUUGCCUGGGAAAACUGAGGUCAGUGUAUCCAUCUUUCAAUUUGAUGUUGUGUCCACUUACAGAAUCUUACUCCAAUGUUUGUUUCCACAGAAUGAACAAUUGAAUAAGAUAUAUGAACUGUGUGGCUCACCUGAUGAAAACAACUGGCCUGGGGUUACAAAGAUGCCUUGGUAUAACCAAAUGAAAUCAACUCGGCCCUUGAAGAGACGUGUGAGAGAGGUCUACCGACAUUUUGAUCGUCAUGCUCUUGAACUACUGGAGAAAAUGUUGGUGCUUGACCCGUCUCAGAGAAUAUCUGCAAAGGAUGCUCUUGACGCAGAGUACUUUUGGACUGAUCCGUUGCCGUGUGAUCCAAAGAGUCUACCAACAUAUGAAUCAUCACACGAGUUCCAAACAAAGAAAAAGCGGCAACAAAUGCGUCAUAACGAGGAAGCAGCCAAGAAACAGAAACUGCAGCAUCCUCCACAGCAACAUACUCGUUUGCCUCCACAGCAACACGGUGUUGGUCAGUCUCACGCCGCUUCACAUUGGCCUGCAGGACCAAACCACCCUGUUAACAACGGACCACCACCACAACUACCUGCUGGUGGCCACUACUAUCAAAAGUCCCGUGGCGGUGGUGCACCUGGUCCAAACAGGUACCCUCCUAGCGGAAACCAAACCGGUGGUUAUAAUAGUCAGAGCCGUGGAGGUUACAGCAGCGGCUCAUAUCCUCCACAAGGUCGAGGUGCGUCCUAUGGUGCUGGUCCUAGAGGACCUAGCGGUGGGUACGGUACUGGACCACCUAACUAUUCACAAGGUGGUGGUCAGUACAGUGGCUCUGGGAGAGGUCAGAACUCAAUGAGUGGUGCUAGAAACCAACAAUAUGGAUGGCAACCGUAA